CGUGCUGCUAUUAGUGGCAGGAGUUGGCUGAUAAAUUGUAGUUGGGGUUUAAGCUAGGGUUUUAAAGUAAAGUUGUCUCUUUUCUUCUCCAUUGUCGCAGUGGCUUGUAUAGCUCUGUAUAACGUGAAUUCAAGAUUGUUUUCAAAAUCACAUCUUUGGGAGAUUUCUUGAAAACCCUAAAACUGAUAGUUCCCAAUCUGCAAGAUUCUGAGCAAACUUGGAUAAAUAUUAGAGUAUGGGUCGUUUCAAGAAUAAGAACAGGAAGCCAUUUGUCAAGCAAAUUGUGAAGAAGCAGCCAACAGUCGACCAUGUUACCGGAGACAAGAUCCCAAAGAGUUUCGUGUUUUCAAGGGGGAAGAUUCCUGGGCCUCUCAGACAGUUGCAAAUGGACUUGAGGAAAUUGAUGCUUCCUUAUACUGCUCUCAAGCUCAAGGAAACGAAACGAAAUAAUCUCAAAGAUUUCGUGAAGAUUGCGAGUGAUAUGAUGGUCACACAUUUCCUCAUAUUGUCAAAAACUAACUCUGCAGCAUACUUGAAGGUUGCCCAAAUGAAGCAUGGUCCAACUUUAACGUUCAAAAUACAUGAAUAUUCAUUGGCUGCUGACAUUGCUCAAUCUCAACUCCGUCCAAGAUGCCCUCCGGAUCUUUUCAAAACGCCACCGUUGAUUGUGCUAUCUGGUUUUGGGACAGGGGAACAACAUCUAAAAAUGGUUACACUUAUAUUCCAGAGGAUCUUUCCUGCCAUUGACAUAAAUACAGUGAAACUGUCUUCAUGCCAAAGGAUUGUAUUACUUAAUUACGACAAAGAAACAAAGCUUAUUGAUUUUCGGCAUUAUUCGAUCAGAUUACAGCCAGUGGGAGUGUCUCGCAGGAUCAGGAAAUUUGUGCAAAACCAUCAAGUGCCUGAUCUAAGAAGUCUUCAAGAUGUUAGUGACUUCGUGACUAAGGCUGGUUAUGGAUCUGAGAGUGAAGCGGAUGAUGAGGCAGCAACUGUAAAUCUGUCAUCUGAUAUUGGAAGAGUUAAUCGAGCUUCUACAAAAAGUGCUGUCAAACUUCAAGAGAUUGGACCAAGAAUGACUCUUCAGCUCGUCAAGAUUGAACAGGGAUUGUGUACUGGUGAAGUCCUUUUCAAUGAAUACGGAAAUGUUGCAAAAAAAUCGGAAAAUGAAGAAGAGGAUGAACAAGAAAGUGAUGAGGAGAUGGAUGAGCAGGAAGAUGAAGAUGAGGAAGAGCAAGAAAUUGAAGAAGAGUUGGAAGAUGAUUAGAUCUUUAAUUUUGUUUAUUCUGUUCUUGUUUUUGUAUUGCCAAUAUAGUGAGAUGCUGGAAGAGGAAAGAAUUACAUUGUUGAAUUUGCUCUUAUGAGCCUACUUAUAGUAACUAUCCCUUUUCCUCAA